GGCGGCGUUGUUAUUGACGCCAUAUUGGGGCCGGCGGCGGGUGGCAGAGUUGGUCCGUGAAGAGAGGGUCGAGUGCAUUGCCUAGCUCUGUGCGGCGGAGCUACCACUCCGCUCCCGCAAGUUGCCGCCGCUCACGAGCUUCUGUCUACACCGGCGUGUUGGAGGUCGCGUUUCGGUCGUGCCACUGACCGGGUCCACUACCGAAGGGAGCCGGUCUCCGCGCAAGAGCCUCAGCGCGCUCAGCCCGAGCGCACGGCGGGGGCGGCCCGGCCUCUCGGGAGCGGCCCCGAGCGGGCGGCGCGACCCUCGCGCCUCGCCCGCCUGCCCUGUCGCGGCUCCUCUGUCCCGGGCCCCACACCUACCGGGCACCUCGGAGGGCCCGUUUGCCCCGGUCCUUCCCGGCCCCGCCCGAGCCGGGCCUCGGCUGCCCGCCGCCAUGGCGUGCGGAGCCACUCUGAAAAGGACUCUGGAUUUCGACCCACUGCUUAGCCCGGCAUCUCCGAAGCGGAGGCGGUGCGCGCCUUUGUCGGCACCGGCUUCGGCUGCCGCCUCCCCUGCCGCCGCUACCGCCGCCGCCGCUGCCUCUGCCGCGGCCGCUUCGCCGCAGAAGUAUCUCCGGAUGGAGCCUUCCCCCUUCGGCGACGUCUCCUCCCGUCUCACCACAGAACAAAUUCUGUACAACAUAAAACAGGAAUAUAAACGUAUGCAGAAGAGGAGACAUUUAGAAGCUAGUUUUCAGCAGACAGACCCAGGUUGUAGUUCCGAUUCACAGCCACAUGCAUUUCUCAUCAGUGGACCAGCAUCACCAGGGACUUCAUCUGCAACAUCCUCACCAUUAAAAAAAGAACAGCCCUUAUUUACUCUAAGGCAGGUUGGGAUGAUCUGUGAACGUUUGUUGAAAGAACGGGAAGAGAAGGUUCGAGAAGAAUAUGAAGAAAUACUGAACACAAAACUUGCAGAACAAUACGAUGCAUUUGUGAAGUUUACGCAUGAUCAGAUAAUGCGGCGAUAUGGAGAACAGCCUGCUAGUUAUGUUUCAUGAAUCACGCUUUUUGCAUUUGUGGGCUGCCUUGUUCCUUGUUGAGUUGUUGCAGGAGGUCCCAACUAUGACAUGCAACAAUGCCAGUACCCAUCUGUGAACACAGGUUAUUUCAAGCUUUCGUCAGUGGCAACCACUCUUAGGCAGCAGCAAUUGGUUUUGGAAAUUUCCGUGAUGUCAUUACCACCCGGAUGUGGACCUUUGCUACUUGUAUUAAUACCAGUGGCCUCGUUUUGCUGUAUCAUUACAAUUUGGCUUCUUUAUAUUAAUGUUUGAAAGGGAUUAAAGCUGGCAUUCUAGAACAUGCCCUUCACUGGUUAUGUAAAUAAAACUGUAGAAUGACACGUCAGAUGAAGUUAGUGUGAUUUUAAUUGUGCACUACAACCAAGCUGUAACCAGUUAUUAAUAACUUAGAAUGUAAUCCCAGGACAUUUAAGCAGUUAGUCUACAGUACUUCAGUGAGAUGGAGGAGGAGGAGGAGGAGGAGGGCAUUUCUGUAUUUCAGGACUUUUCUUGGGGUUUCAGAAUGGGUUUAUAUGAUUUCCUUUAUUAUUUUUUGGUAGUUUUAUUUAUUCUAUCAGUCUUUUUAACAAAUGUUUAUUGCUGCACCCCCUCCCCCAGUGUAUUAUUGUUUUACUGCCCUUGUAGCACUGGAGUUUAGUUGGAAAAAUAAAACAUUUACUUCUAUUCUGCCUGUUUUCAAAUUGUACACAUGGGUAGUAUUGGAAUAAAGUAGUGUUUUUAAACGUAA